AUGGACACGCCGGGGAAAACGCUGACCUGCCGGGCCGCCGUCGCCUGGGCAGCCGACGCGCCUCUCGCCGUCGAGGACGUCCAAGUGGAGCCGCCCAAGGCAGGAGAAGUCCGGAUCAAGCUGGUAUCCUCAGGGAUCUGCGGGACGGACGACCAUGUGCUGAAGGGCUUGAUCCCCAUGAACUUCCCCUUCAUCCCAGGCCACGAGGGAGCUGGGUUCGUGGAGAGCGUUGGCGCUGGCGUGAGCUCAGUGCAGCCAGGGGAUAAAGUCCUCACGCUCAUCAUCCCGCAGUGCAGACAAUGCAGCUCCUGCCUGCACCCCAGCGGCAACUUCUGCGAGAAGCAAGAUGUCCUGCCAUCGUCCGGGCUGAUGCAGGACGGCACCAGUAGGUUCUCCUGCAGGGGGAAGCGGGUCCACCACUCCUUCCGCACCAGCACCUUCACGGAGUACACGGUGGUGCCCGAGAUCGCGGUGGCCAAAGUCGACGCGGCCGCCCCCAUGGACAGGGUCUGCAUCUUCAGCUGUGCGGUGCCCACGGGCUUUGGGGCUGCCGUCAACUCGGCCAAGGUCACCCCCGGCUCCACCUGCGUGGUCUUCGGGCUCGGGGGGAUCGGCUCGGCCAUCGUCCUGGGCUGCAAAGCCUCGGGGGCCUCCAGGAUCAUCGGGGUGGACAUCAACGAGGAGAAGUUCCCCCGGGCCCGCGCUCUGGGGGUCACUGACUGCCUCAACCCGCGGAAGCUGCAGAAGCCCGUGCAGGAGGUGGUGCUGGAGAUGACCGGCCUCGGGGUGGACUUCGCCUUCGAGGCCGUGGGCUGCACCGAGACCAUGAUGGCUGCCUGGGACUCCUGCAACAUGAGCCACGGCGUGUGCUGCAUCAUAGGCCUCGCCACACCAGAGGCACAGCUUUCCCUGGAUGCGAUGAAGCUCAUCUCUGGCCGGACCCUGAAGGGCGUGUGUCUGGGCGACUACAAAACCAAAGACUCUGUGCCCCAGCUGGUGACCGACUCCUUGCAGGGCAGACUGAACAUGGACCCGCUGGUGACCCACCAGCUGCCGUUCGCCCAGCUGCACGAGGCCAUGGAGCUGUACCACGCUGGGAAAACCAUCCGCUGUGUCCUGCUGUUCUGAGGUCCUGGAUGACGCAGGGCCGGGCGCACCCUGUGGAGCCCCCACCCACCCGGCAUCUGCUCCAGGGCCAGGGCCAAAGGGCGUCAGAGACAGAGACGCGGCGGGAUUCGCAGACAGGAAUAAGUGCGUCUGGGGCAUGACAAUAAAAUAAGUUCU